CAGCAGCAGCAGCAGCAGACAGAACAGCAGCAGCAGCAGCAUCAGGCAGAACAGCAGCCGCAGCAGCAGCAGACAGAACAGCAGCAGACAGAGUAG